AUGGCUGCAUGUUUUAUCUCAGAGUUUUCGCACAUCAUGGCGAACGAUCUCAUGACUGACAAAUCUCAACUAACCCGACAACAACAAACUAUCGAUAACUACUCGACAUUCCUUCCACCAACAGACGAAGACGAAAGUGUCCAAAGCCCUGAAGACUUUGCGCGCGAUGUGCUCGUUCAGCUUAUGCGAAACUCGGUGGAGAACCUCAAGAUGGCGGAGGGCCAAGGGGUGAAGACAGAGCAGAUACUAGGCGAGAUUGAACGGUUCAUCCAGCAGGACCCAAACACCAGGAACGUGUUCCGAGAAAUGGACGGUUUCUUGGUCGUAAUGAGUGUAUUGUCUACCGUACAACCACGAGGGGGACCCAAGGCUCCAGAGGACUCCAGCGCCUCAGCUAUUGAGACCACUCGGAGGGUAUUUGUUGUCCUGGACCAGGCAAUAAAAGACCACCGCAACGACGAAUACUUUCGCCGUCAUGUAGGGUAUGAGUCGCUUGCCCUCGCUCUACGGAGCCUCUUGUCCGAGCCUACCACGUUGGAUGCAACAUUGGGGCUUUUGCUUUGUUUCGCCAUGUCCAACUUUGGGCUAUCGGAAUACUUUACCAUCUUACGCGCCUCGGAAACGCUGGACGAUGCCGUUGAAGCGCAUCUGAAGGUUUACCUUCCCAAGUUGAAGACAGUGGCUCGACCGGAGCCUCUGCAUAUCAUAUGGACUACGGUUCUUGCGUUGUCCAAAACCCCCAACGCGACCACAUCGUCAGCUCCAAUUCGUUACGGGUUGUACAAACUCUUCGAGGCAUUAUUCCACGUCAAUCAUCGAAAUCAGGGCGUCCUGUCAUCGCUCAACCUAGUCCAUUCUCUCUUUACCCAGUUCUACCAAUCGCGGGGCGACGCAAGUGUUCCGGAACGCGAAAGGCACGCUCAGGGAAAGCUUCUUCGCCGCCUUCUGGAAAUGGGAGCAACCACAGAAGACGCUAGACGGACUCUGCAGAAAGCCGUCGUUCAAGAAGAGACACAGGAGCGUCUGGACACGGAGGUUCUAGAGCUCAUCCGGUAUGGGAUGAAGUCGAGAUGGUCUGAACACUUCUCUUUGGAGGGUCCAGCAGCCCUCGUCGUACACGAUACGUCGACUGCCUGUAAAGGGCUUCCUGUGGGUGGCUUCACAGUCAUGCUUUGGGCCUAUUUUUCCUCCUUCCCAUCCGGCGCACCUCGAGCUAUAUUCACCGUUUCUCUACCCUCCCGCGUCCUCAUCAAACUCUCCCUUCGAUCUGACGGCAAGCUCGAGUUGCUUUCCUCCAGCCAGGCUGAGGGUGAUGUCCCUUACAUCUCGUCUGCCACUAUCCGCAAGAACCGAUGGGCCCAUGUUUGCCUUGUGCAUUACCCGCACAGGGGUACAAACCCCAGUAUCCGACUCUUUGUUGAUGGUGUGCUACACGACAUGCUCAACUGGCACUAUCCCAAGGGUGACCCGUCACCGUCCCCAGUGGAAUACCAAAUUGGAGACUAUGGACCGGGCGGGAUGAAUUGGAGCUUGGCGUCUGCUUACCUGCUGUCGAUGCCGAUCAAUGAUGAUUUACCAAGGUUUAUCCACCACCUCGGCCCUCGCUACUCUGGCAAUUUUCAAGACCCAGGUCUCGUCAAAUUUCUCACCUACGAAGCCUCGACAUCCCUCAACAUGUUCCUUACCUCCGUCGCCUCCAAGAACUACGCGAAUCCAUUGUCUCCUUCCGCGGUCUCUCCCUCAACCCCUAACGCACCGUUCUCCAUCGCCUCUGCGUUAUCUUCGAUGUCUGCAACAGCAGGGGUGCCACCCCAAAUCCAAGCACAGCAAAGCCAGUCCGCGCCAGAGUCAGCGUAUAUCCCAGCCUCGAAGCAAGCGAUCCACCAAUCCGGCCUCAUGAAACUCGUUCGCUACGGCACUGGUAUCCCGGAGAACCGAAUCAUGUUUUCGUUCACUGCGGGUGAUUGCAAGAAUGGAGGGUCUGCGCUGGGACAGACUAUUCCUCUGCGGGGGAAAUUGAAGCCGCCCAAAUCUGAAGUUGUCUCUCUGAAGAGCCCCAUGAUUGAAGAGGAGCAGGGUAAUGGGCGAACGGGGGCGGGCGACGGUGUGGAAGUGAGAGGAGACGUUUUCGUUGUUAAAGCUGCUUGUUUGGAUACGGCGCUUUGGAAGAUUGGCGGGGCGGCUGUCGCACUGAGGCUAAUUCAGUUGGCCAAGGGUUCACAUGAGCUUUCCCGCUCGAUCGGCGUGCUCGUGGAUGGGCUGAAGAGCAGCUGGCAGAACUCGGAGGACAUGGAAAGGUUGCGCGGCUACGAACUGCUCGCCGAGAUGCUUCGCUCCAAAGCGCAAAUCAUCAACCUGACUGCCUUCGAAACUCUGUUCGAGUUUUUGGGUGUCAACUUCAGCUCCCCCGAGCAUUCUACUGUCACCAACGUCCUCGCCUAUCGUUCCAUCGCACUGGACUUUGACCUGUGGUCUCGAGCACCCAAGGAGAUUCAGCAAGUCUACCUUGAACAUUUCACGACUCUACUGCACACCAGCCGGUAUCGCAUCUUCAACUCCCGGCAAAGGCUGAAGAAGAUGGGCGUCACGAAGAAGAUUCUCUUUGCGCUACAGGCGGAUUGGUAUAAAGGCGAGAUGAGCCACUUGCUGGUGAAAGUGUUGAAGUUGUCCAUGGAAGCCAACUUUACGCCGGACGAUGCGAUCAAGCCGUUAGUGUCAUACCUCGCCGCUAAUCUUCAUGAAAAUGCAAGUAAUGGUGCAAGCUCCCCUUACUCCAUCAUCUCCCGCUUCGAACCGAAGAACCCUCAAGAAAAGGCAGAACGUGUACUCGUCGCACUCGUCUCAGCCCUCUCCAUCCAGACCAAUUACGCCAAAUUUAUCUCCGCUCUCCCAAUAACUCGCGUGUGCCUACUUCUAUUAGGCGACCGCCCCUCGCCAUUCGUUUCCUUCCAGAUUCUCAAACUACUACAGACGUGCAUGCAGUAUACGCCUGCAUUCAGCCGCAAGUUUGAGCUGGUUAGUGGGUGGAGUGUGCUGAAGACUGUGGUGCCUACGUCGUGGAAUGAGGAAGUGAAUACUGCUGCGUUUGAUCUUUUGUUGGGGAGACCGGCGAAACCCGUGGCUGCCGCCCCUACCUCGGAAGGUGGGACAGGGUCGAAAGAGCGGGAUGCAUAUACGACUGUGGUGUGCCCGCAUAUUGUCCCGACUAUUCUUAUGGCCCUGCAGCAUGGUCUCAGUACUGUCGCGUCGCGAGCACACCUGAUGGAGGAUGACGCCGAUACCUCCCAGUUGACAUGGGACAUGGAAAGCACCAUGAGUGAUCUUCUGGAAGAGAUGAUGGGCCUUCACUCGUCCAGUGGUACAUUCAGAGAACUCUUCCGGUCACAGCAAACGACGCAACUGUAUAUCGACGCCUACAAGGGAUAUGUUUCAAGAUUGAAAUCGGCAAGCAAGAUCAACGUGUGGAACACCCGCAUACUGGAGAAGCUUUCGCAUCUUGGUCUUGCGCUUGCGUUGGAUAAUGCUGUUUCUGGAAACCAGAAACGCGAGAUCCUGGAUACGCUUCAAAGUGCAGAUGCGCUCAUUAACCCGACCAGUCCUACUCCAGCUAUCGACCCUGCGUUGAUCGUCGACAAUCGGUCUAUGAGGCAACGGUUUGCUUCAGCUCGUCUCAGUCUCCAAGUGGGAGAACGCACCGUCAUCAAGACUAUGACGCGUAAUGCCGAUUGGAGAAAGACCAUCCAGACUGCGGAAAGCAAGAGACUUCGAAAGACGAUUCUUGAUAUGCGAGAGAACCGGAGACAGAUUUCGCGUUUGACAGAAUGGAGUAACAUCCUCACGUCUGAGCGAGGACUUUGGCCUCGCACUCAAAAUCGGAACUGGCAGUUGGAUGAGACGGAGGGUCCCCAUCGGAUCCGGAAGAAGAUGGAACCCUUGGACGACAGGCCCUCGUCAAGUACGCGGAUAGACGCUGCGGCGGAAUUGGUUCGGGACGUCGUCGCUCCGGAGACGGACAACCUUUCCGUGCAUCAGCCUGAGGUACCGCCUUGGGCUGAAAGCUAUGAGGUUGCUUCAACUGAUAUGGACGAUAAGCAACUGACGGAGGAAGUGGUUGACGAUAAGCUUCGGCGUAUUCGACAUGACCUCGAACCUGGAGAUGUCAUCGAGGCGGUUGCAACAGUGGCGCGUAUUGUCGGAGUAGACUCUUCUCCUGGACUCCUCAUCAUUGGCAAGACGCACGUCUAUAUGCUGGACGGAGUCGUUGAGAAUGAUGAAGGGGAGGUGAUCGACGCCAGCGAAGCACCCAAGCGACUGCUCUUUAUCCCGGGUAGCACAGUCGAGAUGGACGGCCCUCAGAAGGCGCAGAGAUGGGCACACUAUCAAAUCGCAACCUGCAGUGACAAGCGGUUCUUAUUCCGUGACGUUGGGUUGGAGAUCUACUUCAAGGACAGCCGGUCGCUCCUGGUCGUGUUUUUGGACAAGAAACGGCGGUCUGAGAUGGAACGGAAGAUCUCUAGUAUCAUUGAGCGCAAUAAUACGGACCCGUCGGUUGCUGGAGGUGCACCUAGGACACCGAUCUUUGGUCGAAUGGGGUCUAGGGUCUUGUCCAACUUCCGCGCAGACGAGUUGUCUUCGGCUACGAGGCGAUGGCAGGCCAGGGAGAUUAGUAAUUUCACCUACUUGAGUAUUCUCAACCAGAUCUCUGGACGGACGCCGAGCGAUGCGACGCAAUAUCCCAUCUUCCCUUGGGUUCUGUCCGACUACACAUCCACGACGUUGGACUUGACCGACCCCGCGUCCUACCGAGACCUCUCCAAACCGAUGGGAGCUCUCUCACCCGAACGACGCCAAGCAGCCGAGACCCGGUACAGCAACCUUCAAAGUGUCGAAGAAGAGCCCUUCCAUUACGGAACGCACUUUAGCUCCUCGAUGAUCGUUUGCCACUUUUUGAUCAGGCUGGCGCCGUUUACGCAUAUGUUCAAGACGCUUCAAGGUGGAGAUUGGGAUCUUCCGGAUCGGUUGUUCAGUGAUAUGGCUCGCGCGUAUUCGUCUGCUGCGUAUGACCUACGGGGAGACGUCCGUGAACUUAUCCCGGAAUUUUUUACUUGCCCCGAGUUCCUCGAGAACUAUCAGAAUCUCGACUUUGGUGUUCUGCAACAAACGGGGGAAAGGAUCCACGACGUCAAGUUACCUCCAUGGGCUCGAGAUGAUCCCCUCCUCUUUAUUGUGAUGAACCGGCGGGCUCUUGAGAGCCCGUAUGUCAGUGAGAAUCUGCCACAGUGGAUCGACUUGAUUUGGGGCUGUAAACAGCGCGAUGCUGAAUCGCUGAAUGUGUUCCAUCCUCUCUCGUAUGAGGGCUCAGUUGAUCUCGACAAGAUCAAGGAUGACCUUGAGAGGGAAGCGACUGUGGGCAUCAUUCACAACUUCGGUCAGACGCCUCGAAAGCUCUUCAACACACCCCAUCCGGAGCGGUUCAACCACGGACUUUCCACCUUGCCUAUUGGGACUUUGCACGGUAUUGAAGAAGACCCGCAUUUGUUGACGCAGAAUGAGAGGUGUUUCAGAGAUCUGGGGCCUAAUGCACCCGUUCAGAGUUUCGUUCUUGACUCGUACAGCGAUAAGCUUUUGCCAUGUGCUGAAGGGACACUGAUCAUUCCCCGGCAUCCCCACGAACACAUCGAGUGGAGCCCUGAAAAUCCCGAACUGCGGGUACUUGUUGACAACAAGAUCGUCCAAGUCAUCGAACACACAUUCACCACCUGCGCCGCCUUUGCAGACCCCUACAUCCUCGUGACAGGUUCGAGCGAUUUCACGGUUCGACUAUGGAAAGUCGUGCGAGGGCACCACGCGAGCGACCUCCGGCUGUCGUUGUCGAAUAUUAUGCGGGUGCAUACGAAUGAUGUGUUGUGCGUUACUGCGUCGAGAGCGUGGUCGGUUGUUGGCUACAUCGCGACCUGCUCGCGCCUCAAACUCUGCCUGCACACGAUCAACGCUCGUCCAAUCGCCACCCUCGACUUGACCUCCGAACCCUCUUUCUCGUCUCUCGUACCGAGCAUCUCCUCCCUCGCCUUCCACGAGCGGGAUUACUCGCAUUUGGGUAUUUUGGCUACGGGUGGACCUGAUGGGACUAUUACGCUGAGGACGUGGACGGCGGAUGGGACGCCUGUUGGGGAGAAAGCGCAGUGGGAGUUUUUGGUUGUGAGGGUUUUGAAGGCGAGGAGUGGUGGGAAGAGUGGGAGGAGGAGUGGGGUUAGUGCUUUGAAGUUCCUUGGGGAGAGUUUGUACCAUGGAGAAGAGACUGGCAAGUCGUUUAUUUGGAGUUUACCUGAGUAG